AUAAAUAAGCCUCGAACAUUGUAUUAUUUACAGGUAAGUAGAUAGAAAUCGGAAUCUUAUCGCCGUCGUUAAGAUGCCACCGGCCGGAGAACUCCGAGAUCAGUCUCCAUCGAAGAAUAAACAAUCUUCCGAUACUCAGUCAGCAGAAGCAGCAGCGGCGGCAGCAGCGAUAUCUGCGGCAGCUGCAGAUGCGGAGGCUGCCGGGUUAUGGACACAGAUUAAAGCGGAAGCUCGCCGUGACGCUGAGGCGGAGCCGGCGUUAGCUAGCUAUCUCUACUCGACGAUUCUUUCUCAUUCUUCUCUCGAACGAUCUAUUUCGUUUCAUUUGGGAAACAAGCUUUGCUCCUCGACGCUUUUGUCCACGCUUUUAUACGAUCUGUUCUUAAACACUUUCACCUCUGAUCCUUCUCUUCGUAACGCCACCGUCGCGGAUCUGCGUGCUGCUCGUGUUCGUGAUCCUGCUUGUAUCUCGUUCUCUCAUUGCCUCCUCAAUUACAAAGGCUUCCUCGCUAUCCAGGCGCAUCGUGUUUCACAUAAGCUAUGGACGCAAUCACGGAAGCCAUUAGCAUUAGCUCUACACUCAAGAAUCUCUGAUGUAUUCGCCGUUGAUAUUCAUCCCGCAGCCAAGAUCGGAAAAGGUAUACUUCUCGACCACGCAACCGGAGUUGUAGUCGGAGAAACAGCUGUGAUUGGGAACAAUGUUUCAAUCCUCCACCAUGUGACACUCGGUGGAACUGGUAAAGCUUGUGGAGAUAGACAUCCGAAGAUAGGUGACGGUUGUUUGAUCGGAGCUGGAGCAACUAUUCUUGGAAAUGUGAAGAUUGGUGCAGGAGCUAAAGUAGGUGCUGGUUCUGUAGUGUUGAUAGACGUACCGCCUCGAGGUACAGCGGUUGGGAAUCCAGCAAGACUCGUUGGAGGAAAAGAGAAGCCAACGAGUCAGGACGAGGAAUGUCCGGGAGAAUCGAUGGAUCAUACUUCUUUCAUCUCGGAAUGGUCAGACUACAUCAUCUAAAGUUAUCAUUAUCAUUGUUUGUGUUUUUGAAAGUGCAAACCUUUCGACCAUUCACUUGUAGAGAGAUGUUGAGUAGCGGUUCGAUGAAAUGUCGGAGUGAGCUUUGUUGUAUUUAUGAUUUACAAAACACAUUAGAUGUUCAACACAAUAAAUGGAGUUGAUUUGAUGUUAUUAUUCAAUCAUUAGUUA